AUGCUUGCACUGGUCGAUCUCCCUGACUGGACUAAUGACAUUGCUCCCGUGGAUGGGAACACUGAAGGAUACGAGCGAUGGUGGUCAGAAGUCUCUGUCAACUGCUGGAGACAACGGGACGACGAACUAUUCGCGACCAUCUUUGAAGAGCUGAGAUAUCCUUAUGAUGCUGAUACAGAGUUGCUCGCUCGCUUUCCUGAAGAUGAGGCACGACCCCCGCCACCUGAACCGGCUCCGCGACCCGCGCGAGCUCCUCGCCCGAUCCAGGCUGGGAUUGUAAUUCGCGAGCCCCCUCAAGAGGGAAGUGUGCCACCUUCUGGCAGUCGUACAGUUAAUGCUUCUCCGGCCACUGGCCAGGCCGCGAAGAAGAAAGCAAUAGUGAUGGAGCCUGAAGUCGAAGACUCCUCCUCUGACGAUGAUGAUCCACAAACAGUUCGUCGUAGGUCCUCCAGACAAGUUGGGGAAGGAUCCUCCGUUGCUGGCGAAAACGCGUCUGCCUCACACGCCCAAGCACCAACUGGUUCCAACAAUCCUCCACCUCCCAUCAGUGCUACAAACAAUAUGCAGUUGGCUCUGGUACCAGUUCAAGUCAUAGACGACAGCUCGCCUGAGGUUGAGGAAAGAAUACCACUUCCAGAUACACCUCGCGAGCCACCAACUGCAGUACUCACCAUGGAACAAGUAGCGCCUGAUUCGGUUCCAGUUUCUGGUGAGGUUGAUCAAGAACCAAUGCCAAUAGCAAUUCUCCACGAGCCGCCUAUUCUAGAGAACCCUGCCCCUAUCGAGGAAGUGGCUGCUGCUACCGUAGAGGUGCUUGGCGAAAACCCGGCUGAACCAGAUGGUGCGGACGCGGAUAACCAAGAAUCUGUACCCGAUGCCCCCCAAGUACCUGAAGUAGGAGAUGGAGUGAAUCCAGAGCCGGUGCUGGAGGCGGUUCCUGUCACGGAGUCUCGAGGCUCCUGUUGCUGCUACCCCAAAUCCGCUACCUGCGCCUCCUUCCAGACUGGAAAGGCUAGCUCGCGUUCUUGA